AUGUCAGAUGUAGAAGAAGAGUACGAGUGAGUAAAGAUCCAUCUUUCAGUGCCAGUCACAUGGUAUCAGAAUAAGUUACAUCCACAUUGAUACUGACUGAUGCUUCUUUUUAUUUUUUAUUUUUCCAUGAUCUUUACAGGGAACAGGCGGAGGGUAAGUUUACUAUAACAUGAGCCUUUAAAAAUCUCUUUAAUAUCAUUAUCAUUGAGGACUUAAGUGAAGUACGAAAUCAGAGUCAUUUCUUUGCGUCUGUAGAGGAGCAGGAGGAGGAGCAGCAAGAGGAGGAGCCUGAGCCUGAAGAGGAGGAUGGAGGAGGUAAGGUUUGAGGACUUUCAGACUACAGGGUUGCAAAGAGAGUCCGGAGGUAAAACAGUGUAAAUAAAUGUGUCUUUCAAUGAUGCAUAAUCUUUCUUGUUCAAAGAAGCUUUCCAUGAAUCAAGCAGUGGGUUAGGGUUGACUGUGGGCUAAUUCUGGUCUUUUAACUUUCCCCUUUAUCAUGCUCUUCCUCACAUCAUCUGGGCUUGGGCUGAUAGGACAGCAAGAGUACCAAGGUAGGGUAACUUCAUCAUCAGUCACGGCUUUAGACACUGUUUAUGGCUCAAUCAAUGACCUAAUACAGUAAAAUUUUAUCUAUAUGGAAGUUAUUUCAUAAAAAGAAGACAUCUCGAUGUAUCAUUGUCUUUUAGCUUAUUGUUUUGGUUUAGUCAAACCAUCAACCUAAAAGUGCUUGAUUCUGAUUGAUCAAAACCCCAUAACGUCGGUCCUUGAUUCAAAAGGUACCAUUGGGGACAACCUGAUUAUCGCUGAUCACCUGUUGAUGUCACUUAUUGACAAUAUGAAACUGUUAUUGAUACUCUGGUUGGACAACAUGAUGUAUAGUGAGCUGCAAAUCCAAGCUCUGCAUGACUGAGGACCAACAUCUGGAAUGAUUUUAUUUAAAAACAGAACAGUUGGGUUAACAAACCCAAGUUGCUAGAAAAAUCCCACCGUUGUGUCUUCUGUCAAAAGAAAAGCUUCACUUUUAAAAUUUGUACAAUGUUAAUCUCUCUCCAUUGCUUCAAAUAUCUCAUCUGUUCUUACCUGUUCUUACAUUCAUUAUUAUUCACAUGCACAUGAAAGAUGAGCAGAUAUGAGUCUCUGUUAAACAGAAAGAUCUUUUGGCCUUGGUCAAAGUAAAUGCAUAACAUUAACCUUUAAAGACACACCUGGCAAAUAAGAAGUAAAACACUGUAAGAACAAAGUCAUUUGUAUGUGCAUCCUAUAUUAAUGAAUGCUUAUGCACAAAACUACAUUUCCCAGCAGCCACUGUGGGCAAUACAAUGUGGCUCACUUUGCAUGAGUAGGAAAUGAAUGUUUUGAGCAAUAGUUACACAUUUUGGAAACAAACACUUGAAUUUUCUCUUUUGCUAAGAGUUUGAAGACAAGUUUGGAAACCACUCUCACAUUGAAAAGCUUCAGGAAGCAGCUAGUUUGGCCUCAGAGUCAAUCAGCAGAUUUUAUUACGUCUGGGCUGAAUCAGUCAAGUCUUUGUGCUCAGCUUAGCUUAGCUUUGUUUAGCUAACAGUUGGGUAACACUUUACAAUAACCAUGAUUUAUAAAUGGCAAAUAGAUAGUUUAUUAAUGUAAGUUAAUAGUUACUUUACCAUUACCAAGCAAUGAAAUUGUGAUUAAUAAUUUUCAUUAAUCAUCAAUGGACUACUUAUUAAAGGUUCAUAUAGGUUUAAAUAUUAGUUGUAGAACAUCUAGAUUAAAAUGUGUGUCAGGAGCACUUUGUAAAUGGUUUAUAUUUGUUUUUUAAACCAUCAAUAAACAUUACUCAGAUGGUUAUUGUAAAGUUGCUACUGAUGUUUGUAAUACUUUGUAAAUGAUUAAUAAGAGGUUUAUUAACCACCAAUAAACAUUACUUAGAUGACUAUUGUAAGGUUAGGGUUAGGUUUUUAAAAUUGUAAAAUUUUCAAUUUAUUAAUGGUCUAUAUGCUAUUUAUAAAUGAUGAUUAAACAUUAAUAAACGAUCUGCUUACCAUUUAUAAAUGGUCUAUUUACCAUUUAUGAGUUCCUCCGUAUUGUAAAGUGUUACUAACCGCUGUUUCUGGUGUCCAUUUUCUUGUCUGACUUGAAGCAAAAAAGGAACCAAGCAUUGUUUUCAACAUGCCUAACUAUUUGUUGAAGUUGCUGCAAAUGCUAUUUUGGAUAUUAACUUUGGGUUUAUCUCAAUCCACCCACACAUCUUUCCUUGUCUUUUCAUGAUUCCCAAAUCUUUGACUUUUCACUUUUUCAUUUUUUCGCCCCCUGAUCCCUUGGGGCGUUACUGCUCUCCUUCUGUCCAUACUGCCAUUUAUCUCUUGACCGUGUAUCCCUCUGCCUUUACACCUUCUCUCCAUCAACUGCAUCUGUCCCUUAAAUUUUCUUCCUACCAUUUCAUCAUCCCUCUCUUUCUACAAUACUCUCCAUUUCUCCCCGUCACCGUUUUAUUCCACCACUCUCCUGUCGUGUGACUGCCAUUAAUAACUCCUUGAUGGCUCCAUGUGUUAUUUCUAUCACCAUCCUUCCAUCUUUCAUCCUGUCUCUAUGUGGCCGGUCCAUCAGAUCAAGAAGCCCAGGAGGAAGGUGAGAAUUAGUAGACGCGUGGUUCCCGAGACGUAAGACCCACAAUCCCCUACCCAAGCUAGGUUGGCUAACCAAGUCCCUUUCUCCUUAAAUGAGUCCUCUAACAUGUUGAAUUUGGAUUUUUAUUUUUUAUAAAUCCCACUGGAAGUUAGUGUUUGACUUUAUCAUGAAAUCGGGCCUCCUUACACAAUAAUUAAAUCUUUUAGCUGCUAGAAAAUAAUAACCCUUGAUUCAGAAAAAGCGUGAAUAGAAAGGCUCAGCAUAAACCAUAAGUGUGAAGGAGUUUAGCUUGACCUGUGAUUGGUUAGAAAGUUGAUUUCCGGUUUCAACACUAUCCGUGCUUUUUUGUUUGAUUGUAACUUACAAAAGGCAUGACUUUCUGAUCUCCCUUUGCAUUCCUCUGUUACAUGCUUGCGGUGCUUUGAGCAAUAUUAACAAUUGUAUAAAUUUCAGACACCCAAAUAGGCUUGUAUCAGUAUUUUCAUUCACUAAUGCAAACAUUUUCCCUUUAUUUCUCUUCAUCUCACCAACAGAAGAGGAGCGCCCCAAACCCAAGUAUGUACCUUUGUUUUGUUGCUGCAGAUUGUUUUUUUUUUUUUUUGUGGUGGCGAGUAUCUUAAAAAAUGAUGUUAUCCCACUUUCUGUCCUCAGACCCAUGGUGCCACAACUUGCCCCUCCGAAGAUUCCUGAGGGUGAGAGAGUAGACUUUGAUGUAAGUUAGAAGACUUGUUUUUCUCCCUUUUCGACUCACUGUCAUUCCUCUCAAAGCCAGCAUGUUUGUGUUACAGAAUUGUGCGGGAUUAUCUAAACAGGCCGUCACUCCAUUGUGCUUCGCUUUCCUGUUGUUGUCUUUCUUGAUUUUGAGGAGGAGGUGAAAUCUUAAACAGGGUUUUUCACAGGGAAACGUACUUUGUAUUGAACUUUAGAUUUUUCUGCAACAACAAAAAAUCUGCAAAAAUAAAUAAUGAGCUAUUAUUUCCAUACAAAUAAAACACAUAUCUUCCUAUACAAGUAUUUUUAAGCUGUUUUUUUAAGCUUGCAUAAAAAAUCCUAAGAUUUUACUGACAGAACACACCUCCGACAGACUGGACUGAGUUUAUACAGCCUUUUUUCUGGUCGUCUGACCACUAACAAUAUUUCUACAUUCGAAAUAUGGACUGGAUAAGGCUAACAUGAGUCCCAGACUCUGAACCAAAGCCGAUCUUACAUGAUAUGUAAAUAUCCCAAAGUACAGUAAGUUAAACUUUUGAGGGCCAAACUAAGCUGUAAGGACACCCAAAUAUUGUAAUCAGGGCUGUCAAAGGAUUCAUUUUGAUCUCAGCUGCAAAAUUUUAAUAGUUAAUCAGGAUUAGUCACAUUUAGGAAACUGUUAUUUAGUCCUUAUUUACUAUGAAUGGCAUUGCCAAUGUCUUGAUUCGUGAAUCAAAUGAAGACUUCAUGGUUUUUACUCUGAGAUCUAUUAUAUAAAUCAAUGAUGCCCUGUUUAACCAGUGUGUGAACCCAUGACUUAGAAGUAGAAGACGGCUGCAGAGUGCACAAAUAUCUAAUCAGUGUCAGUGUCCCGUGAGCUUGGCACUUGAGCUCUCCCAGUGGAUAAAACAACAAACAUUUGUCUCACCAGGACAUCCACAGGAAGCGCAUGGAAAAGGACUUACUGGAGCUGCACACCCUGAUUGACGUCCACUUUGAGCAGAGGAAGAAGGAUGAGGAGGAACUUAUCAGCCUCAAAGACCGAAUUGUAAGUUAGAGAGGUCAUGAGCUGUGCUAGCUCUUACAUGGAGUUACAAAGAAUAAAUCCUUUAAAGAAAUGUCUUAACAUUGGUGUUUAAACCACCCAGCCACCCUAUCGAUGUUUGGUAGCACUACCCACCAAACAUCUUUUUAACCUUGUCUUAUUUCUUUAGCAAAGAGACUUGACACGACUCACCUCCUCUCCUCCAGCAGCCGCUUGUUUGUAGUGAGACCUCGGACCAGUCCAUCAUCGACUGAAGCGGGGUGACGCAGCUCAAGGGAUAACAUUUAUGAUUAUUUCUUUAUCAUUUCCUUAAAGUAAUAAUCAUUUUAAUCAUUUUGCACUGGAGACGUGGUAGUUCUUCAGCCUUAGCGUCUCGGUCUGAUUGCAUUUCCAUGCAUUUUCUUUGCUUAAGAAAUCAGGCAAAGCUAAAAAGAUGUUUGGUGGCUAGUGCUAUGGCUAGGACCCUAUAUGUACUGUUGAUGAAGUUAGGUGCUGUUCUGAGCAUUAUUGUGGCUAUAGAGUGGUGUUUUGGUUGAGGUUUGUUUAUAGCCCCUCAGACCACUGUGUUGCUACCGUGCGGUCGUUACUCAAGUCGGUAUAACUAGAGAAGCAAGCAGUCGGCAACAUUCAUUUCUUGAGGGGGUGUCUAACUCGAUGUUAAAGUGUGUUUGACCCUAAAUUAAUUUUAUGCCGAAUUGAAUUCAAUGCUUUACAGAUUGCAUGGAAAUGUUUUAUCCUGUCUUUGUUUUCCUUUAGGAGCGUCGCCGGUCAGAGCGAGCUGAGAUCCAGCGAGUUCGAGCAGAAAAGGAGAAGGACAGACAGAACAGGAUUGCGGUAACAGACCCAAAUCCUGCCCUUUUUGGAAAAAUCUACAGUUUCUUCAACUAUCCGUAACCACUUUUUUCAAUUUCUGGAUGAAAACUCACUUUUCAGGAGGAGCGCCACAGGAAAGAGGAAGAAGAGGCCAAGAAGAAGGCUGACGAUGACGCCAAAAAGAAGAAAGUACUGUCUGGCAUGGGAGCAAACUUUGGAGGCUUUCUGGCAAAGGUCUGACAGCUGCAAUAACUCUUUUACAGCAACCUUUUUUCAUUGUAGUUGUUCAGAUUGAUGAGUGAAAAAUUGAGGGAGAGAAACAAAUACUGUAAAUAGUUCAUGUGCUCUUUUUCUCAGGCUGAGUCAAGGAAGGGGAAGCGUCUGACAGGCAGAGAGAUCAAGAAGAAAACUCUGGCUGAAAGACGGAAGCCUUUAGCCUUCGAGAACAUGAGAGAAGAUGGGCUCAAGUCAGUCUCCAUUUAUGUUAAAUACUGCAAAACCAUACAAAUGUUCCAAAAAGAUAUUGACCUCUUUUUUUUUAACAAAUGAACUUGAAAUUCAUAUCAAGGCCUUUUCAUGAUAUCCAAAAGAAAACAAGACCAUCAAGGACAAGACUGACAAUUUGUAUCUUGUGACUUUAAAGCCUGGAGGGAGUAGGCAUCUGCCGAACAGCUGAAGACAGAGUUUUCACCAUUGCCUCAUAAAUUAUCACAAUAAUACAUGUGAUUGUCAAAAGUCAGCAGGGUGAUUUUUUUUUGUCAAAGACAUGGCUGAAGCGUUUAGAGGACAAGCUCAGCAAAGACGCCAAAAUUGACACAAACUGAAAGUUCCUUACAGGAGCUUUAAUGUCACUUUUUCGUCAGUAUCUGAUAAACGUAAGCAAGAUAUCAGUCGCUAAAACCUGCAAUGGUGAUCAUUUUGACUUUAAUUCAAAGGUAGUAACUUGUGCGCAAAACACUCUGAUUGAUUGCAAACUGAAUCUUGACAGCUGCUGCAUUUACAAAAAAAUUUAAAGAUGACUUUCCAUGUUUUCCACUGUUGGAGAAAACACCACAGUAAAAUAAAUAGAGGGCAAACUGAUGGUCUUUUAAUUGAAAUGGAAAAUAAAUCAUGGUCACCUAAAAUGUAAUGGAACAGCUUGACAUAUUUAACUCAUGUAAUCCAUGCUCUUUGUUUUUAAAUGUCGCUGGAUACUAGUUUCCUGUGUGACCGUCACUGGUUUAUCAUCUGUUGCAGUGGAGCAUCAAUCUGUAAAGUAAGGCGUUGCUCUUUUAAUUUUGGUCACUGUGUUUGUGUUUCCAAGGCAACACGCCCAAGAGAUGUGGAACUGGAUCUACCAGCUGGAGUCUGAGAAGUUUGACUACAUGGAGCACAUGAAACACCAGAAAUAUGAGGUAUCACUGCAUUUGUACACAGAAAUUUUUAGUUAACAAGGAAUAUAACAACCAACUUUAGGAAAUAAACCUUUCUUUUGUCACUUCUUUCUUCGUUUAAAAAAUAUGUUGAAACAUGUCUAAACUGAAGAUCUAUGGCUUUUGAUCAACUUCUUUCAUGAGAACGACAGUUUCUUCCUGCUAUUCCUAAAAAUCUGUUUCUUUUUCCUUUUCAGAUCAUUGUGCUGCUGAACAGAAUCCAACAUGCACAGAAAUUGUAAGCAACUUCUUUUAAGUACAAUCUGAAAUGCUGAUACUCUUGAGGUGUGUUUUCCUGUCCUUGUUACAUCCUUUCCCUCCUCCUAUCUCCCCUUUGCAGCAAAAAGGGCCAUGGUAAAGGGAAGGUGGGCGGACGCUGGAAGUAA